CUUAUAGAAAUAUUUUCUGCUUCUUGUGCACAGACAUUUCAGAAAAGCAAUACAAAGCAACUAUUACAUUAUUUAAUAAUAAAAAGGAUGCAGUUGAAAUAAAGUACGAAAUCAAUUUGUUCUCUGAAGUUCUUGAACAUUAUUACAGGAAAUGGACUAAUCAAUACAACAAAGAUGUUGUUAAUGCAGACAUCAAGCCCUUGUUGUCAGAUAUAAACAUAACUAGUACUGUGAUAAAAAACAUUGCCUUUUCUGGUCGUGGUCUCUGCAGCACGAAUCUUCACUCUACGUAUUUAAGAAAUAUGGCAAGACGGUGUUCCUGUAGAUUUGGUUGCUUUGAAGAUUGUUGUAUUGAUCAGGCACUCUCCUAUCCUGUAAUGUCUUGCAUUAACAAUGCUUUUCCACCAAAACAGGUUGAAAUUGACGGAAAUUUAGUCAUAAACAAAUGCUUUUAUAAGAUAGAAGGCCUGUCUCAUCGGUGUAUGGUCGAAAAUUCUGGCGACUUUUUAAAUGCAGUUCCUGUAACAGAAAUUCAUUGGAAGACAACGUAUAAAAAUUUUUUUUGCUACUUUUGUAACGUUGAAAACAAGACACAUACAAUCUUGCCAAAAACAAACUUCAAACAGAAAGUUUUGCCAUGGAAUCUUAUAGUGUUCUGUAAAGAUUUCAUAAACCCUGACUACUUUCCCUCGUUCCAUAGAUUUAUUAGCAUUUUAAAAGAAAUGAACUGCAGAAUAAAUCUACUGCCCCAUAGUUCAUCAAAGAAAUGUGAAGCUAGAAAACCCGAAGUAAAAGUUUGUAACACUACCGGACUUUGGAAAAAAGAAGACGCCGACAUUAAGCGAGCAUGUGAGAGAAUCAAUCCAGGAAGACUUCCAGUGAUAGAGGGAACAGGGAAUAAUCGGAAAAUCUAUAAAAAUACAUUCUGCCAAAUGUGUAACCCAGUGAAUAAGGAACCCGAAGACAUCAUUAAGACUUGUGAGAAAGCGAAAGUAAAAGUACAGAAGUAUGCAGAAGAAUCAUGUGAGAAACUUCCUAAUGUUCAAAUGUCGUCUAAUUAUAAGAAUAUAUUUUGUGAACGAUGUAAUGGCUAUGCAAUUAGAAAUGACAAAAAAAAUAGGGGGUUUUCAUCCUUUGCUACCGCGCAUGCGUCAUCAUCCUGACUUUUUUGUCCCAAGAAUGGAUUUUAUUCCGGGAUCACAUGGUUUUUAUAAUCAUAUUCCGGUAAAAAAAACCGUGAAA